UCCUCUCAAAGUGCUGAUCUUGCUGAACUGAUCAGAAAGGGAAAAAGAAGAAAAGUGUCCAAAUUGCAGUUAAAAAUACAUAUCAUUGUAAACAUGCAGGAGAAACCCUAUACAUGCCUGGAGUUUGGGAAGAGCUUCACCGACAGUGUAGGUUUAUAUUUAAAUCAAAGAACUCACACUGGAGAGAAAUCUUAUGAAUGCCUAGAGUGUGGAAAAUGCUUCACUCAGAGGGACCAGCUGCAGCAACAUGAAAGGACUCACACUGGUGAAAACCCCUAUAAAUGCCCAGAGUGUGGAACGAGCUUCACUGACAGUGGAAGGUUACGUUCACAUCAACGAACCCACACUGGUGAGAAACCCUAUACAUGUCUGGAGUGUGGAAAGAGCUUCACUGGCAGUAGAAAUUUACGUUUACAUCAACGAACUCACAUUAGUGAGAAACCCUAUGACUGCCUCGAGUGUGGAAAGAGCUUCACUCAGAGGCAUCAGCUGCAGCGACAUGAAAGGAUUCAUACUGAUGGGAAACCCUAUGAAUGCCUCGAGUGUGGAAAGAGCUUCACUUGGAGGUCACUUUUACAUCAACAUGAAAGGAUUCACACUGGUGAGAAACCCUAUAAAUGCCUCGAGUGUGGAAAGAGUUUCAGUUGGAAGCAUGCUCUGCAGCAACAUGAAAGGAUUCACACUGGGGAGAAACCCUAUAAAUGCCUGGAAUGUGGAAAGAGCUUCAAUCAGAGGUACAAUCUGCAGCGACAUGAAAGGAUUCAUACUGGUGAGAAACCCUAUGAAUGUCUCGAGUGUGGAAAGAGGUUCACUUGGAGGGUACUUUUACAUCGACAUGAGAGGAUUCACACUGGUGAGAAACCUUAUAAAUGCCUGGAGUGUGGAAAGAAUUUCACUUUGAGACAUCAUCUGCAGCAACAUAUAAGGAUUCACACUGGUGAGAAACCCUAUGAAUGCUUCGAGUGUGGAAAGAGCUUCACUCAGAGGGACCAGCUGCAGCAACAUGAAAGGACUCACACAGGGGAGAAACCCUAUAAAUGUCUGGAGUGUGGAAAGAGCUUCGCUGGCAGUAGAAAUUUAUGUUUACAUCAACGAACUCACACUGGUGAGAAACCCUAUGAAUGCCUUGAGUGUGGAAAGAGCUUCACUCAGAGGCAAAUUCUGCAGAAACAUGAAAGGAUUCACACUGGUGAGAAACCCUAUGAAUGCCUUGAGUGUGGAAAGAGAUUCACUCAGAGGCAACAUCUGCAGCAACAUGAAUGGAUUCACACUGGUGAGAACCCCUAUGAAUGCCUCGAGUGUGGAAAGAACUUAACUCAGAGGCAACAUCUGCAGCAACAUGAAAGGAUUCAUAGUGGUGAGAAACCCUAUGAAUGCCUUGAGUGUGGAAAGAGUUUCACUCAGAGGCAACAUCUGCAGCAACAUGAAAAGAUUCAUACUGGUGAGAAACCCUAUGAAUGCCUUGAGUGUGGAAAGAACUUCACUUGGAAGGCACUUUUACAUCAACAUGAAAGGAUUCACACUGGUGAGAAACCUUAUAAAUGCCUGGAGUGUGGAAAGAGUUUCGGUUGGAGGAAUUCUUUGCAGCAACAUGAAAGGACUCACACUGGGGAGAAACCCUUUGAAUGCCUUGAGUGUGGAAAGAGCUUCACUCGAAAGGCUUAUCUGCAGCAACAUGAAAGGACUCACACUGGGGAGAAACCCUAUAAAUGUCUGGAGUGUGGAAAGAGCUUCACUCAGAGUGGAAGCCUACGUAAACAUCAGAGAACUCACACUGGGGAGAACCCCUAUAAAUGCCUGGAGUGUGGAAAGAGUUUUACUCAGAGACAAUGUCUGCAGCAACAUGAAAGGAUUCACACUGGAGUGUGGAAAGAGCUUCAAUAACAGUAGAGUUUUACAUUCACAUCAGCGAACUCACACUGGUGAGAAACCUCAUAAAUGCCUGGAGUGUGAAAAGAGCUUCA